CCCGGAAACGCCUGAUUAGUUUCCUUUCUGAAGGGCCCCCGCUUUAGAGCUGGACCUUAAAGAAUAUAAAGAAAGCAUCUUCUCUGGACGUAUCUGGCCCAGGAGUUCCUCAUUUGUUGAGCAGAAACAGCUCCAGUGGAGCUUUUAACUCCAAUUGGUGUAAGGCAUUUCCUAGGUAGCCCCGGCUCGAGCGGGGUCCUUCUCGGACCGGACGUGGCGAAUUGCGUCAUAGUUACGCGCGCGCGCCCGCCCGGGCUGCGGGGCGCCGUUCGUGGUCCUGUUCCCAUGUCGCUACCCUGGUGCGCUUUUCGCUGGGCCCGGCUUCCGGCCCGGUUGGGCGCCGCGCUGCGUUCGGGCCGGGAUCCGAGGCUUCGGGCACUGGGGCAGGCCUGGUCCUCCUCUUCCUCAUCUUCUUCCUCCUCGUCCUCCGGCGGUACCAAGGCUCCGAAUACGUCCCUCUAUGUCCCGCUGCCCGUGAAGCCCCUCGGACCCAACGCCGCGGGCGACGUGGGAGCUGAGCUUACGAGGCCGCUCAACAAAGUUGAAGUCAGGAAAGUCUUAGACAAAUUUUACAAGAGAAAAGAAAUACAGAAAUUGGGCACUGAUUAUGGCCUGGACGCCCGACUCUUCCACCAAGCUUUCAUCAGUUUUAGAAAUUAUAUCUUGCAAUCACAGUCCUUGGACGUGGACAUUCACAUCACCCUGAAUGAUAUCUGCUUCAGUGCAGCUCACGUUGAUGAUCUCUUCCCAUUUUUCAUGAGACAUGCAAAGCAGAUGUUCCCUAUGUUGGCCUGUAAAGAUGAUCUCCGAAAAAUCAGCGACUUACGGCUUCCACCCAACUGGUAUCCAGAAGCCAGAUCACUCCGGCGGAAGAUUGUGUUCCAUGCUGGCCCUACCAAUAGUGGGAAGACUUAUCAUGCUAUCCAGAGAUACUUGGCUGCCAAGUCUGGAGUUUAUUGUGGCCCUUUAAAACUGCUGGCUCACGAGAUCUUCGAAAAGAGUAAUGAUGCUGGUGUGUUAUGUGACUUGGUAACGGGGGAAGAACGAGUGAUUGCAGACCCCAAUGGAAAACCAGCUGCCCAUGUUGCUUGUACUGUUGAGAUGUGCACUGUCACGGCCCCUUAUGAAGUGGCCGUCAUUGAUGAGAUCCAGAUGAUUAAAGACCCAGCUAGAGGAUGGGCCUGGACCAGAGCACUCUUGGGACUCUGUGCGGAAGAAAUCCAUCUGUGUGGAGAGGCUGCCGCCAUUGAUAUUGUAACGGAGCUGAUGUACACCACGGGAGAGGAAGUGGAGGUUCAAAAUUAUGAGAGACUCACCCCCAUCACUGUGCUGAAUCGUGCUCUCGAGUCUUUAGAUAAUCUUCAGCCUGGGGACUGCAUCGUCUGUUUUAGCAAGAAUGACAUUUACUCUGUGAGUCGUCAGAUUGAGACCCGGGGAUUGGAGUCGGCCGUUAUCUAUGGCAGUCUUCCCCCUGGGACAAAACUGGCCCAAGCAAAAAAGUUUAACGAUCCUAAUGACCCGUGCAAAAUCCUGGUGGCGACUGAUGCAAUCGGCAUGGGGUUGAAUCUGAGCAUAAAAAGAAUUAUUUUUAACUCUCUCAUAAAGCCCAGUAUCAAUGAGAAGGGAGAGAAAGAAAUGGAGCCCAUAAGCACCUCGCAGGCUCUGCAGAUCUCGGGCCGAGCCGGCCGAUUCAGCUCCAAGUUUAAAGAAGGGGAGGUGACCACCAUGUAUCCGGAAGACUUGAAAUUGCUCAAGGAGAUUUUGAAUAAGCCCGUGGAGCCCAUCGAGGCGGCCGGCCUUCACCCUACUGCUGACCAGAUUGAGAUGUUCGCGUACCAUCUCCCCGACACCACUCUGGCCAACCUCAUUGAUAUCUUCGUGGACUUCUCCCAAGUGGACGGGCAGUAUUUUGUCUGUAACAUGGAUGACUUUAAGUUCUCGGCCGACCUCAUCCAGCACAUCCCCCUGAGCCUCCGGGUGAGGUACGUGUUCUGCACGGCCCCCAUCAACAAGAAGCAGCCGUUUGUCUGCUCCUCCCUGUUACAGUUUGCGAGGCAGUACAGUCGGAACGAGCCGCUGACGUUUGCCUGGCUGCGCCGCUACACCAGGUGGCCUUUACAGGCCCCCAAGAACAUCAAAGACCUCGUGGAGCUGGAAGCCAUCCACGACGUGCUGGAUCUGUACCUGUGGCUGAGCUACCGCUUUGUGGACAUGUUCCCCGAUGCCACCCUCGUCCGCGACCUCCAGAGAGAGCUCGACGGCGUCAUCCAGAAGGGCGUGCACAGCAUCACCAGGCUGAUCCGCAUGUCGGAGUCCCAGCGGAUGUUGAACUUGGACAGUUCCCCGGCAGGGAAGCAGGGCCAGCUGGCGGGGGCCGCUAAGCCGUCCUCUCAGGAAGGGGUGAAGAUCAAAACUGUGGAGGAUGCCAUAAUGGACACUUUGGCUUCUAGGUCCCUCGCCUCGAAGCUGGUGCAACAGGGGCGCCUCACGCCCAGCAUGCUGAAGCAGCUGAAGAAGGAGUGGUUAAAGCAGCAGCUGGUGGAGGGGAAGGCCAGCGCCCAGAAUGAGAACCAGUCCGAGGGGACGAGGAAGAAGAACAACAACCCUAACGCUGACUAGAUUUUUAGACACCAAAUAAAAAAACAGUAUCUGUUUGCCAAGCCUUAUUCUGGUUCGCUUCUGGUGCCGGCUGCUCUCCUGUCUGGGCGCCUGGCUGUGGACAGAAGGUCGCCGGGACAGGCUGAGAGUUUGGGUACCUGCUGGUGGCCUGGUUCACUCCAGCUUGUCUUGGAUCGUGAAACUGGCCCCAAGUACCCAGAAUAUGUGGGCAGUGUGUCCUUGGGUCUGUGUUUAGAAUGUUGUAGUAGUAACAUCAAUGGUUCUCACGUCCCUCUGCAGCCUGCAGAUCUCCCUACGAGUCCCCGAAACCAUCCCUUUCAUCCUUCCUUUUAUUAUAGCACAUGGAUGCUCCAUGAUAUUAAUUAGACUUUGUCCACCUGUUUCCAGCUGAUAGACGCCCCAUUUUUUUGCUACUACAGAAAUUGCUGCUAUAAAUAUUUUUAUACGUAUAGAUCGUAUUCUUUUCUCUUUGGUCUUUGGGGUGUCACUGGGUCACAGUUUAGUGACUUGUGGGCCAAUGUGAUGGGUGUGAGAUAGAAGCUCAGAGUUGUGUAAUUUGCAUUUGUCUAAUUUAUUAGUGAUUUGGAACUUUUUUUCAUAUGGCUGUUGAUAGCUUGGAUUUCUUAGUGUGAAAACUUCUGAAGCACUGUAGAAGACCAUCUCUAUAAUGAGCUACAGAGCUGUGUUAACUGGUCAGUCCAUAAAACCACCCGUUAUAGUGAGUAUUUAAAAAUCCAUCUCCUGGACCUCUUUUUUUCAGUGUUUUCAGACUAAGCUUUGAAUACUUGGAAUGAAAUCCUGAUUUACAAUGUUGUAUCUCUGGGGUAUCCAAGAAGACUUUGCUUCAUCCCUAGUUACAUUCAGAGCCAUAGGGCUGGAGUGGGACUGGGCUGAUGAAAGGAAGGACCGUGGAUUUGGAUUCAGAAGAGUCAGACUUCACUCCUGGUUUGGGUUAUUUGCUCCUCGUGGCCGUGGUCCACUCACCUCCCUUUCUGGACUUCAUUUAUGUAGGUGAGGAAUCUGAGCUCUAAAUCCUCCCUGCCAGAUUUUCUCUGAAUUUGGGGGGGCUCCCAUGUGCCCCAGAACUGAGCCAGCCCUGCUUGGGGUGGACACUUUCCCUUUGGGUGGGUGCUGUUCAGCAGUACAGAGUUCACUGAUAUGGGUAGUCAUGAUGGUAAUAGACUUGGAUUGAGAUGACAGUCUUCAGGCUUCUGACCUUUGCCUUCUGGGAGCCUUUGGAAGGGUGUGGUUCUUCCUCCUCCCUCCAGCCCCCCGAACAUUGGCCUCUGCAGUUCAGCUGGCUUUUCCCCUGCUUUGGAACAUAAAAGAGUCCUCCAGUCUUCCUGUCUGAGAAAUUCCUAGAAUUGUAUUAAGUCACCAAUCCGUAGAGCGGACCCUGUUGCGUUUACUAAUUGUGGUGAAAGGGUUCUGCCAGCCCUCUCCAGACUCCACACCUUUGUUUGGAGGUGGCGACUCAUCCUGUGACCUUAGGGGAAUUACUACAAGAUGAAGCUGGGGGGGUGGGUAAGCAGUGCCAGGUCUGAAACUGGGAAGACCUGGGUGCAAACAGGGCCUCCGACACUUUCCAGCGAGGUGGCCUUGGGCAAGUCACUUCACCCCCAUCACCUCGCCCUUCCUGCUCCGCUGCCUUAGAAUGGAGACUAAGAAGGGGAGGCUGUUUUUGUUGUUUUUUUAAAAGAAGGACUUGGACGUGCACCUAUGUGUAGCUAGAAAACAUGGAGAAAUAGUGAUGAAGUCAGUCCCUUUGAGGGAAGCACCAGGAGCCACUCCUUAAAUCGUGAGUUGGCUGAAGGAGGUGAGAGGGAACGUUUCCUCCUAAGCCAGAGUUUAAGGCAGGCUUGGCUGGUGUCCCAAGCUCGUGAGCACCCGUGCUUUUUUUUUUCGAUACUUUUACAAAGAGAUUUGCUAAUCAUUGGCCAUGUCUGAGGGAAGGUGCUUAGGUUGGCUGGACUGUAUGCCACACCCUUUGAAGGCGCCAUUUUGGAAAGGAGAACAGUAGAACUACAACAUGACUGUACCGAUCACCACCUCAAUCCAGAGAGAGCUCUAUCUAUACACAACACACACCACUGUGAAAUGUAUGUAUACUUGAUUCAAAUUAAAAUGCUUUCUCCCUUUUUUAA